AUGGUGCACUGCAAAGGAGAAUGGGAGUUGCUGGCUCUCGCCGACAGCAAUUUCUAUAUAGUCGGCACCAUGAUUGGAUCUGGCAUCUUCAUUUCGCCGAAGGGCGUUCUUGAAGCCAGCAAGUCUGUUGGUUUGACCAUGAUUGUAUGGCUUGGAUGUGGUGUCAUUACCAUGCUCUCUUCCUUAUCAUAUGUAGAAUUGGGAACCUUUAUUACUAAGUCUGGCGGAGAAUUUGCAUAUAUCUUACACGGUCUUCCAGCAGUGUUGGCAUUCUUGUGCAGUUGGUGUACGGCUUUAAUCAUCAGACCGUCAGCAAUCGCUGUGAGCAGCCUGGUUUUUGCUGAAUAUGUAGCUUCUCCCAUCUUCGAUUCAUGUGGACCACCAGUUGUCUUUGUGAAAUGUUUGGCUGCAGCAGCAAUCAUUCUGAUCACAGCAAUCAACUGUUAUAGCACUGAUUUCGCAGCAAGCAUUCAGGUGGUUUUUACAGUAGCCAAAAUCACAGCCCUCAUCAUCAUCAUCAUUGGUGGUUUUGUAAUGAUGGGAAAAGGUGAAUUCUAUGACCUCCCAGAGGGUUUCACAGGUUCUGAGACUUCAGGAUCAGUUAUUGCUUUGGCAUUUUAUGAUGGAUUAUGGGCUUUUGAGGGAUGGAAUAGCCUCAAUUAUGCCAUAGAGGAACUUAAAAAUCCAUACAGAAAUUUACCUCUGGCAAUAAUAAUUGGGAUUCCCCUUGUCACCGCUCUGAAUAUUCUAACGAAUGUCUCAUAUCUGGCUGUUAUGACAAAACGGGAGCUCUUACAGUCAGCUAUAGUCGGUGGGUUAUGGGCUGAUCGAGUUCUUGGGGUUGCUGCCAUUAUAAUACCAAUUUCUGUGGCCAUGUCAACGUUUGGGGCAGUAAAUGGAAAUUGUUUCACAUGUGGGCGAUUGACUUACGCUGCAGCCAGAGAGGGUCAUCUCCCACAGGUUCUCUCCUAUCUUCACAUCAGGAAGAAAACUCCUGUCAUCUCCCUUAUAUUCUCAGUAAGUCAAGCAUAUGAUACCUCUGUAUUCUCAGAUGUUCAUUCUGUUGUGUUUUGUUCAGAAGAUUCUUUCACUGAAAAAUAUUGUUCAUUCAAUUUUACUGCAGAACAAGUAUAUCGUUAUGUUUAG